CACAACCUACCUUCCCACAUCAAACAUCGCAUCACUGCGGAACUACCUUCUCCCCCAUUCCAUCCCUCCUCCCAGCCUAGCCCUUUGAACAGCUCUGCUCGCUCUGCGGACUUUCGACAUCUUAGCUGCGGGUUGUGCCUUGAGAUCUUGCUUGGCAAGACGACACAGGAGGGGCCAACAAACGGCGGCCUCGUGUCGAGCGGAGGAAUCAGUCGCUCUCCGUGGGCGUACUUUCGGCGGAAAUCUUUCAUCUGUAGCGUUAGGUCAACCUAGUACUCUCACAAUUACUGCUCUACUGAAUCACCGCCUUGCGUCAGAAUUAGAUUAAUCUCCGACUUGAUCUCCGAUAUGGCCGACACGGCGUGGCGACUGGCGGCGCAGGAGGACGGCGAGCGAGUGCGGAAGCUGCAGGCGUCCCUCGUGUCGCUCACUGCCGAAGUCGACGCUGCAGCCGCGCAGGUGGAGGCGCUGCGAGGCGGCGCAAGGCCAGCGGACGGUACGGCGUGCAUUGCGGCGAGCGAGGCGCUGAUGCGGCUGCUGCUGCGGCUCGACGCGCUCACCGACCUGCCGCCGUGGCUUUCGGCGCAGCGCAAGGCGCAGGUGGACCGCAUUCAGCACCUUCUGCGCCAGGUCGAUUCCGCCUCCAAAGCCCUCGCGACCGCCACCAACCCCGCUAUAAGCACAUUCGGCACCGGCACCGACGCCUUGGCGCUCUUACCAGUGGGAGCAGCACCUGCAGCAGCAGCAGCAGGAGGAGAGGAGUCGUUUCGCCUGUCCAGCAACAACCCCUUUGCGCCCGAACACCCUCCCGCUGCUGCUGCUGCUGCGCUCGAGCAGUCGUUCUCGUCGUUCUCCUUCUCCCACCCGUCUGCUGCGGAGAUUGACCUGGAGGAAGCACUCGGGCUGAAACCUAAACCUCCUCCGGCGGCCGCUGCUGCUGCUGCUGCUGCCCAUGGUGGUUCUGACCUGGCUCUAUCCCCCUCAUUCCACGACGACCCUUCAUCGCUCUUCCCUUCCUCCCUCAACAUUAACACCUUGCCACCUCCUCCUGGUGCUAGAGCCGCUGCUGCUGCUGCGGCAACACCAAUAGCAGCAGCGGCAGCAGGUGGGACGGAGGCAGAGAGACGGGCGCAGGAGAGUGGGAAGAAGAAAGAACCGGAGGCAGGGCAGGACGAGAAGGAGAAACGGCAGCAGCAGGAGCAGGAGGAGCAAGGGGCGCGUAAAGUGCGGUUUGAUAAGGGAGUGAAGGACGAGGAUGGAGGCAGGGAGACGGGCACAGGAAGGACAGGCGGCAGCAGCGGGGGCAGUGGCAGAAGGCGGGAGGGAGGAGCGAGGGGAAUGCGAGGCAUGGUGCCGCAGAUGCACGUGCCUAGCCCUGACUCGGAAAUCGUGCAGUUCAGCACCUUCUCCUCCUUUGCUGGGCAGCGGCCGCUGCUGCAUGUCACCCCUAAGGGGGGGCACGGGCACGGGCACGGGCACGGGAGGAGGGAUCACGGGCCACAGCAGCAGGAGCAGCAGCGGCAGCAGGGGAGGGAGAGUGGCAGUGGGGGGAAAGGGACCGGAAAGGGGUUGGCAGAAGAUGGAGGUGCGCGAGGGGAAAGGGAGGGCGCUCGUGCAGCUGUGAACGGCGGCCCAGAACUGGCUGCCAAGGCAGACGUCACAGGUGCAGCAGCAACAGCAGCAGCAGGCGGUGGCGCCAGCAGGGGUGGCAGCAGCAGCAAGCGGCGGCCUUCUUGGAUGAAGGCCCCUGCGGCGUCUACUGAGCUGAGCACCUUCCCCAUGUCAGCUGUGUUCCGCAAUCCCCCUCCUGUCGUGGCUGCAGCCCCAGCUACAGCUCCUGCCACUGCCACUGCUGCGGCAACCAACUGAUGACACCAGUAGAUGGCAAUUGCUGGAGAGGGAAGAGAGGGGGGGGGGGGGGGUUGGCAAGUGCAGGAGUAGUUUUCCAGAUUACUCAAGGACCCACCCAUGCAAAGUACAUGGAAAAUUGCAGGUAAUCUGGAUAUAGUUUUGGCAUGAGUAGUAGUUGUCAAGGCUAUAUGCCCUUCUCAUCAUGGCGUUGCUCUGGACCUCAUGAUAGAGAAUACCUUAGUCAGGCUCCGAUUAGUUUUUGUUGUCAUAGGUUGAGUUGUGUGUCAAUAAACAUUUGCUGUGCAUGCAUAGUUAUAGGCUAGAUAGGUUCAUGCUCUGAGAGAGUACAACACCAAACCCUUAUAU